CCGGGCUGUCAGUGCGCGCGGGGCCGGCCAGCGGGCGAGCCAGCCGCGAGCGCCUCUGCUCCCGCGCCCCGAACUCCCGGGCGAGCCGGCGGGCGGGCGGGCCGGCCGGCCGCGGCUUUCCACCACCUCCCCACCCCCCGCCGCAAAGAAGCGGAGGCCAGAGGUGGUCGGGGGUGGGUGGGAGGGGGGAAACCAUGGCUGACGUUUUCCCGGCCAACGACUCCCCGGCGACCCAGGACGUGGCCAACCGCUUCGCCCGCAAAGGGGCGCUGAGGCAGAAGAACGUGCACGAGGUGAAGGACCACAAAUUCAUCGCGCGCUUCUUCAAGCAGCCCACCUUCUGCAGCCACUGCACCGACUUCAUCUGGGGGUUUGGAAAACAAGGCUUCCAGUGCCAAGUUUGCUGUUUUGUGGUUCACAAGAGGUGCCAUGAAUUUGUUACGUUUUCCUGCCCGGGUGCGGAUAAGGGACCCGACACGGAUGACCCCCGGAGCAAGCACAAGUUCAAGAUCCACACGUACGGGAGCCCGACCUUCUGCGACCACUGUGGCUCUCUGCUGUACGGCCUCAUCCACCAAGGCAUGAAGUGCGACACCUGCGACAUGAACGUGCACAAGCAGUGCGUCAUCAACGUGCCCAGCCUCUGCGGCAUGGACCACACGGAGAAGAGGGGCCGAAUCUACCUGAAGGCCGAGGUCACCGAGGAGAAGCUGCACGUCACAGUCCGAGACGCGAAAAAUCUAAUCCCCAUGGACCCGAAUGGGCUUUCAGACCCUUACGUGAAGCUGAAACUGAUUCCGGACCCCAAGAACGAGAGCAAGCAGAAAACCAAAACCAUCCGCUCCACGCUGAACCCCCAGUGGAACGAGUCCUUCACCUUCAAGUUGAAACCUUCCGACAAAGACCGCCGGCUCUCCGUCGAGAUCUGGGACUGGGACCGGACCACCAGGAACGACUUCAUGGGCUCCCUGUCCUUCGGCGUGUCUGAGCUCAUGAAGAUGCCCGCCAGCGGAUGGUACAAGCUGCUGAACCAGGAGGAAGGGGAGUACUACAACGUGCCCAUCCCGGAAGGGGACGAGGAAGGGAACGCAGAGCUGCGGCAGAAAUUCGAGAAAGCCAAGCUGGGCCCCGCGGGGAACAAGGCGGCCAGCUCGUCGGAGGAGCGCAGACAGCCGUCCAACAACCUGGACAGAGUCAAGCUCUCGGACUUCAACUUCCUCAUGGUUCUGGGGAAGGGGAGCUUCGGGAAGGUGAUGCUGGCCGACAGGAAGGGCACUGAGGAGCUGUACGCCAUCAAGAUCCUCAAGAAGGACGUGGUGAUCCAGGACGACGACGUGGAGUGCACCAUGGUGGAGAAGCGGGUGCUGGCGCUGCUGGACAAGCCGCCCUUCCUCACGCAGCUGCACUCCUGCUUCCAGACAGUGGACCGGCUGUACUUCGUCAUGGAAUACGUCAAUGGCGGGGACCUCAUGUACCACAUCCAGCAAGUCGGCAAGUUCAAGGAGCCACAGGCAGUAUUCUAUGCAGCCGAGAUUUCCAUCGGGUUGUUCUUCCUGCACAAACGAGGCAUCAUUUAUAGGGACCUGAAGUUGGACAAUGUCAUGCUGGACGCGGAGGGACACAUCAAGAUCGCCGACUUCGGCAUGUGCAAGGAGCACAUGAUGGACGGGGUCACGACCAGAACCUUCUGCGGGACUCCGGAUUACAUCGCCCCCGAGAUCAUUGCUUAUCAGCCCUAUGGAAAAUCCGUGGACUGGUGGGCCUACGGCGUCCUGUUGUAUGAGAUGCUGGCGGGACAGCCUCCGUUUGACGGCGAAGAUGAAGACGAACUGUUCCAGUCCAUCAUGGAACAUAACGUGUCCUACCCCAAGUCCCUGUCCAAGGAGGCGGUCUCCAUCUGCAAGGGACUGAUGACCAAGCACCCGGGCAAGCGGCUGGGCUGCGGGCCCGAGGGCGAGCGGGACGUGCGUGAACACGCCUUCUUCCGGAGGAUCGACUGGGAGAAGCUGGAGAGCAGGGAGAUCCAGCCGCCCUUCAAGCCCAAAGUGUGCGGCAAAGGAGCGGAAAAUUUUGACAAGUUCUUCACCCGAGGACAGCCGGUCCUGACCCCGCCGGACCAGCUGGUCAUCGCUAACAUUGACCAGUCUGAUUUCGAGGGGUUCUCCUAUGUCAACCCCCAGUUCGUGCAGAGCGCAGUAUGAAACUCAGCGGGGAGAAUGAGCGCGUCCCCCCUCUCCUGGACCUCCCACCCCACCACCCAGCCCCAGCCGCGGGAAGUGACCCUCAACCCUAAAAUUUUAAGACCUCGCCUUGCCCCUCCUCCCAGAUGGAGGUCUGAAAAUUGUAGGGUUCCUUAGUCCAGAUGUGAGCCAGCUGUCCAGGGUUGCUCCCCCGCCCCCAACCAAGGACAUUCUUAGUGGGAAAUGACGUGAUAUCUAGUGUCCAGCUGAACCAAGUCAAGUCACAUCUGGAAGUAGGUUGCCUCUUCCUAGAGAGCAAAUAGACUCUUUGCCCUCCCUCCCCCCCUUUUUGGUACGAUUUGAUAUUUUUUCCAUAACCCAUCUGCCCUCCGACACCAUCAGGACCCCCCGGCGGCCAGAGAUGUGAAGGGAGCCUGCCCUAGACAUUGGCUGGAAGCUUGAAGCCCCACCGAGGGAAUUUUUUGGAAAAGGGGGGGCAAAAGGGGUGCCUAGAGAGUGAGCAGCUUGGGAUCGGGGGUCAGUCAGGGUGGCUUCAAAAUUCCCAAGGUUUCUGGGAGAUAGUCCUCGACCCCCUCCCUGAAGACUGGAGUACACCCACCCCUAUUGUCACCCUGUACCCUGUCGCAGGCUCCCGGUUCCCAGACUCUGUGACCCUCAGUAAGGUCGAACAGUCACCCAGUUCUAAAAGAAGGGGGGACCUCAGAUGAGUGUGAGGUGCGCCUGUUUGUUGUCUUGUAACCCUGCCCGUUGAUCACUGUCUAACUCUUUGCAUUUCUUCUUAAGAGGCCAAAUCUUCUAAGGACUUUGCUAAAGGAGCAUGUGAAAUCAUUUUUCAAUCAAGGAUAAGACCCGUAUGUGUGUGUGUGUGUGUGUGUGUGUGUAUGUGUGUUCAUUUUAAUCUCUGAGAGAUUGUUUUGUGAUCCAGGGUGCCAUCAGCAAUCAAGCCACUACUCAUGAGAGUUGUUAGCCAACCCCCCAGGCCACCCACCCACCCACCCACCCACCAUACCAUACCAACCAAGGUUUGCUCCCUGCUUCCGGAGAGGCUGAUGCGUGCGCUCGUCCCUUUUGUACUUAUUUAUUUGCUAGGCAGCAGUGUCUUUACACGAGUACGAUGUACAGUGACCUACUCAGUGUCCGCUCUGGCCUCCAUCCCUUCUGGUCCUGCUGGUCCCGCUUCCUCUCCAUCUCAGGCCCUUGGCAUCCACUUAGGGCCGAGCCAGGAAAAAAAAAAAGAAAGAAAAAACACAAACCACACGGUUUGGGUUCCCACGUCCAGUUCCUGCCGACGGACACCCGUGGAGCUGAGAAUUCAGAACCCUGGAUGCAUCUCCGCUCACAGGUGGCUCCUAGAAGGAUUUUUCUGUGCUUUGCUGAUGCAUCAUGCAAUGGAAAUUUGCAUGUUUAUAAUAAACCUAAUGACAAGUGAAAUCUAUAUUAUCGACCUAACUGUAUCAAGUAUCAAGAGAGCAUUGCAAUCAUUCAUUUUUUUUAAAGACAUAACUGUGCUACAUUUGUGAAGGUCCUUGUGUCCGACCCGCUUGGAAAAUUCCACUUAGCCGAGUUUUCUGCUGUGUGCGCCCCCUCCCCGCACCCCUGCACGAGGCCACUGUAUCAGGUGUUGAUCGUUUUUAAUCAUAGAUCUAAUUUUGAAAGUGAAUGGCUACUUUACAUGAUCAACUAGACAUAUAUAUAGAUAUAUAUAUGUAUGUAUGUAUAAAUAUUUGAUUCUACAAAUAGAAGUUUUGUUAAAGGGGGGGGCACUUUUUUUCCUAAGAUGAAACUGUCUCUUCACUCCAUAUUCUUCUGUUAGGGUUCCACCCCACACCCUUCCUGUUGGGGACAAUAGGAAGGACGUGACACGGGGACAUCUUCUGUGUCUAUGCCCUCGGGCUGGCAUCACGGCCCUGGGCUUCUCACGGUGUACGUCUUGUCCCAACUUCCAGCCUGUGACUGUGAGUGACUUGGGUGGGAAUGACACAGAGAUGCCCGGCCUACCACAUGCGUGGACACCAGGACUCCCCCCGCCCAGGAAGCCCCCCUGUCAACACAGACGACCCUCCAGAUGGCCUUCCCCAUCUCAUACAGGCACUUCCGCAGCAAGACACCAUCGUCAAAGGAGCCAGGCUUCUACCACAGAACAUUCUAGAACAUUCUAGGAGUUAGCUCUCCGUCCCAGCAGAGGGCAGUCCCUCCGUUUCCCAGCUCACAACUGCCUCCUUCUUACUUUCUGUGUGCUGCCACCCCGGGAGGGGGUUCAAGGUGAAAAUCACUCCCCCCCCCCCGGCCCGGGCACGCCAGAGACCCUUGCCCAAGGAAGUGAGGGCCCGGGAAGGGGCCACACCACUGCCACGUCUCCUGCCCCAGAGACUUCUACAGGGACUUGGGCUCCUUCUGAGCUGUCCCCAUUCUGGCCCGGCCCCACUUAGGCGGCACCCGGCACCCCUCAUUUGCUCUGGUAAAGAGGGGAGCAGCCCAGAGAAAGUCUAAGCAACAGCGACCUGUCUGACCCCGCCCCCCAAAGAUGGGAAAGCCGGACGACCUCCCAGCCCAGUCCCGGGGACGAGGUCCCCCCAGGAAGUAGAGUGGCAGACUCUUCGUGUCCCCUCCGGCCCCCAGACUCGGCUGCCUACUCCCCCCCCACUUUCCCUCAGACACCCCCGGACUCCCCAGGAGCGAGAGCCAGGCCACCUGUCCCCCCGCUGGUCUCUGUCGUCUUUGAGAAGGGUGGGAGCACUCCCCAAGAGGAUUCCACGAUGGGACUUGGGCGGUCUAAGGAGCCGUGGGCUCAAAACCAACGUGGGGGUCCAGGGAGCGUGGCCGGGGUGACCCUGCUCUGGGGCUCAGGGCCGAGUGAAGGUCUAGGCGGGUGCUCUUGGGGGCCAAAGCGUCCCACAUGCUGGUCACCAAAGGAGCAAGGUGCUCAGGGGGACCCGCCCCGAAUCAGCUUGGAAAAGCGGAUGGCAUGGAGGGACAGAGCAGAGAAGGGGCCCCGGGGGCGGGGGAGGAGACGCCUCACAGAGGCAGGCACUGCGGGUCUCUUUAGGAAUUUCCAGCCUUCCAGUGCCCCCCAGGGGCCAGGACUCGGCCCAUGGCCCGAAGGCCAUGCCGGCCACCUGGGCUGGUUUUACCUGUCACCCAGGUGCUCUGGCCACAUCAUGGACGGACCCCAUAUCGGCAGCCUGGGGGGGCCCUCAGGGUGUCAAGGUGCCCAGCAGACCCUGCUUAGAAGAUUGGAGAAAGCCAGGGACGCUCUGGCGCCCCUGCCCCUUGCCCCGCAGGCCUCGGGACCAGCUGGCACCGGUCACCCCAUCUCUGGGGAUCCCCGGAGCCCUGGGCAGGCUAAAGAGAUUGGUUGAAAGAAGAGGCUGAGCUGGAUGGAGGCUGGCCAGCUGGGGACAGGGUUCCCAUGAGCUGCCUCCAAGAAGGGCCCUUGGUGCAGGCCGCUGGGAGCAGAGGGACGCAGGGGGGUGGGGAAGCAGGCAGGGCGGCUGCAGCAUCCUUUGGGGCACUCCAUCCGGGUGCAAGACAUCUGGGUCCACGGGUCUCCUGUAGGAGUUUGUCGCCCUGUAGGAUCCUGCUUCCUCCGAGUCAGAAAUGGCCGCCACUGUCUGGGCAGAACCACACAGUCUUGCCCCGUGCCCAGCGUCGGGGCAGCCAGACGGGGUGGGCGCAGCUGCAGGCACCCCAGUUGUCCCCUGCUCCCACUUCGAGACAGAGAGACCAAGCGGGGGAAGGUGGUCCCGGCCCCACCUUCUCGCUUUGGCUCCCAGCACCCUGUCCCCGUGCCCACUCCUCAUUCCUGGGCCCCUGCAGAGGCGGGCGCCCCCACCGAGUCCAGGAAACCAGCCUGGGUCCACACGAGCACUGACCCGGGGACACACACACACACACACACACACACUCGGGAAGGGCACACGCUGGUCCUUCGUGACCGCGUGCUGAUUGCACAGGACCAUUGGGAGAUACUGUCUGAAAUGAUUUUCAGGGAAUGAUUUGGAAAUCGUUUGCUUCGGAAUUGUUUUCCCGGCGCCCCCAGAUCCCGAGUUCAGCUGUCUCCCCGUUGGGGCUGACGUGGUGGGCUCCAGGCAGGCUCAAGAAGGGUGCUGCAGGAAGAUAAAAACCCAAGGAAAGGUGAACCCCUCUAGAAACGGGGACCCCCAUGACCCUGCUCCUUCCACCAUGUCCGGGACUCCGUGCCUCUGCUCUGGAUACCCAGGGCGCCACCCACACCGUGCAGGGGGGACCCCACCCCUCGAGCCGCCUUAUCCCAACCCCUCCUCUAAGGGCCACUGGUUCCAAAGACUUUUUUUUUUAAACCCAGAGGGAAGAAAUCAAUUUAUUAAUGCCAGUAGAGCAAAUCAAACAUACUGGACUCUUUCUACUUUUUUAGGGAGCUUUCGUAAUUCUUUUAAAAAUGAGUUUUUAAAAUACAUUUGAUGACUUCUUAAGAUUCUGAUCACAUGUAGGUGGUGGGAGGUCUUGGCCAGACCCACCCCUCCUCGCCCCUGCCCCCCAUGCUACACUUCGACAGCCAGGACCCCAGGGAGGGGGCAUCCACAUCAGAAUGACGGCGCAUCCCGGAGCCCUGAGUUGGCCCAAGGUCUGCAGCUGUCCCCCUCAGGAAAAGGCUGGAGAGAGCAUUCUGGGGCUCCCUGGGGCCCUCCUGGCUCUGCCAGGCUCUGGGACCCCUUUUGACACAGAGAGACAAGCUGCUUUCUCAGCUCCGUCUCCAGCCUGUGUGACGCCCCAAACUCUCACAUUUGGGGGUGGCCAUGUGGAGCCAUUCACAAAUACUUCAAUCCCUGCCCACUCCCCGAGAAAGAAGAAGUGGUCACCCAUGCCUGGCCACCUCUGCGGGCAGGCGGGAUCCCACUUUUCAGGAUAUAGAACUCAGACCCACUUUCUUAAAAAAAAAAACACAUUUUUUUUUCUAAACAAAGAUGAAAGGCAGUUUUGUUUUUAUCCAACCCAGAAAAAAAAGGAAAAAAAAAAAACCUCCUGUCUGGUGUCUGCUCCGCCUCCUGCGAUCGUCCGCUGGUUCUUGCCGAAACUCUUCCUGGAUGAACGGCAUUGUUUCCUUGCGGGGAUGCUCCGACUGUUUCAAAUUCAGACAUGAAGGCAGUGAUGGGUGCUGAACUGGUCUGGAAAUUCACCUCAGAUCCCCUCGCUGUGGGAGUUUCUUUUCUAGACGGGCAGAAACGUUUGAAAGGGUUGCUUUUGCUACGUGUGUGUGCGUGUGUGUGUAAUCGUAUGCGUGUGUGUGCGCGAGCAUGUGUGUGUGCGCGCGCGUGUGUGUACACAUGUGUGUGUGUAUGUGUGUGUGUGUGUGAGACAUGCCGUGUCUCGGUCAUGGACUGGCAAGGCUGGGCUGGACACAACUGUGGGGGGUGGAGGAGGAGGAGGAGGAGGAGGAGGAAGAGUCAGAGGUGGAGCCGGGGGCACUCGGGCACCCAGAGCCAUUCACCUGGCGGGAGCCUUUGGUUUCCGACGGUUGUGCGCGCGCCUGCCCUGCUCCCCCGUCCCGUUCGAAGCCCCUCUAAUCUCUGUUUGCAUGACAUGCUCUGUUAGGUAGAGCCGUUGUAGUUCGGAAGCCAGUGUGUAUGAAUAAAGACAAUGAUCAUUCCUUAA